AUGGAUCUUGUUCUUGAAAGAUCAAAAAGUUUGAAGCAACCAAAACUCACUACAAUCUUCUUGAAAAAUGAAAAAGCAAACCUGGGGAAAGCAAUGUCAAAGUUAAUAUUGCAUGAAGCUUUACCUGCAAGAAUUGCAGAGUCACCAUUUCUACAGCCUGUACUCCAAGUUGCAACUGAAGUUGGAAAAUCAGUUAGGGGCCCUUCAGCUUAUGAGGUGACAGGAGUAUAUUUGGAAGAAGAGUACAAGGAAAUACAAGAAUGGGUAAAUGCCUUUAAGCCUAUCUGGGAAGAAAGAGGUGUGACCAUUAUGUGUGAUGGAAGGAAAGAGACUAGAAAUCAACAUAUAAUCAAUUUCUUGAUUUAUACUCCUCGAGGUACUAUUUUUAAAAAGUCAAUUUAUGCUAGCAGUGUUACCUCUCGUACUGCUGAGUAUUAUUUUAAUAUAAUGGAUAAAAUGGUGGAUGAAAUUGGUGAAGAAUUAAUUUUUCAGUUUGUUACAGAUAAUGAAGCAAUGAUCAAAGUCGGUGGUAAAAUGUUGAUGCAAAGAGAAUGCACUUCUAUUGGUCAGCAUGUUUUGGUCAUUGCUUGGAUCUUAUUUUGGAAGAAAUUGGUAACAAAAAAAAGUGUGAGAAGGGUCCUAGAUGAAGUAAAAAAGAUAACUUCUUUCAUAUACAAUCAUACAUGGAUGAUUGAUUAUAUGAAGAGAUAUACCCAGGGAAGAGAACCCUUACUACCUGGGAUUACUAGAUUUGUUACCAAUUUCAUGCUUUGGAGAGUAUUGUUAGAAGCAAACAAACACUAA